UACAAGUUUUUAUUUAUUUAUUUAUUUAUUAAUAACGACAAUUUUAGAUUUUACAAUGAAGAAAUCUUUAAAGGAUUUAGCCCCUAUAGUAAUCCCACAUGGCCCACCCGUGGAAUCGACGGCAGAAUAUUACAAGUCUUUGAUGGAAACAUCUCGAAUGGUAAAAAAAUAUCCAAAAUGGGACGUAGCUCGACCUACUCCACAAGUAUUGAUGGAACAAGCUCGGAGAGACCUUAUGGAGGCGGACGAGAAACUCGCACUUAAACGAAAUGAGGAAGAAGCUAACAGAAACACAAUGGACGCCAAGUGGCAAGACCUUCGCGAAAAGGAGAUGCUUUUGAAAGAUUCUUUUAUCAGCUUCAACAAGUUUAUAAGAGAAAAUCAAGAGAAACGCGAUCGAGCGGAGCGUAAAAUGGCAGCUGACAACGAAGUUUUAGAACGUAAGACCAGAGAGACAGAAGCCAUGAGACAGCGAGUUGCGGAGAUGGAAGAAGUUAAACAGCUCAUGGAAAAACAAGUUCAUGAUUACACGAUCUACGAGGACUACCUGAUGUCGGUUGUGCAUAAUUAUCCCGAAUUUAAGCAACCUUUGGAUGUUCUCAACCGUUAUGAAGCAUUAGCUGCAGCUAAGAGCACGCUCGCGGAACGUCAAGAACGUGAUCUAGAAAUGCUGGAAACGGCACGUCAAGAAAUCGCAGCGCUCACCGAAGAGAAGAAGCUUUUCAUAAUGGGGCUUAACAACACUCUCGCCGAUCUCAGGUGGCGGUACGACAACGUCCGCAACCGUGUCAUAAAAUGGGAGUUGGCUCUCAAUCGCCUGAAGGAAACCGCCGCGAAAAAGCAAGUCGAACUCUGCCACGUGCGAUCCGCGAUCUGGAGCCUCUACGUGAAGAUUUGCAAGCAGAAGGGACUCGCGCUGGACGUGCGGAGUGACGACUUCGAGCAGCAGCUGGUCGUCAUCAUGAGAGCGCUGCUGGAGCUCAGGCGUAUCUAUAGGCUCGCUCUCCGACGCUCCAAGGAGAGAUACGCUGAAUCCACGGAGGCAUCAGAAAAAUAACAGAAAAAAAAACAUUGUAAUUGUGAUUUUUCGUAAUCUUUUUGAAUAUUUGCUAUAAAAUAUA